GAGUUACACAACAAUCUGCACUCCCGCAUUGCGCUAUCGUUGUCCUUUCCUUUCCUUACUAUUCGUUCUACCGUUACUGAGCAUACUAUCUAUCGCGAAUACACCUGGGACGGAAAGGCUGAUCAUCCUCUCGGACCAGCUACUUAUCAUGGCCUUGGUAAGCUAUUGCCUCACCAACUAGCUAAUCAGACGCAAGCCCCUCCUCGGGCGGAUUCCUCCUUUUGCUCCUCAGCCUACGGGGGAGCCCGUAUCCAAGCUCCGUGGCUAGCUCUUUCUAGGAGUAGGGGGAGACCACACCUAGACAUGAUGUUCGGGCAUGAGAGGCGGUGGUUUACCCUGCGGCGGAUGUCAGCGGAUGCCGAUGGCAAAGAAAUUCCAAUCAAAG